AUGGAAGAUCAAAUAACGAUGCCUAGAACGAAAAAUUCUGGCACGCAUGAAAAAGCGAGCGGAGAUCAUAAUAAAAAUUCAAGUCAUAAUAAAAACAAACCCAAUGAUGAGUUGUCACCCAUAAGAACCGGAAUAACACUCACCUGUUUAAUAAUAGCUGCCGUUAUAGGAUUCAAAGGAUAUUUGGAAACUCGCGUCAACACUAAAUUCGACAAUGAUAAAAUGGUGGAAAAAUCAGGUUUGGACGUACCACAUAUGUAUUGGGGAAGUUACAGGCCGGGUUUAUAUUUUGGAAUGAAAACUCGGGAUUCGAAUCCCCUCCUCAGCGGAAUCAUGUGGUAUUCCCCGAAGAAAUUAGCACACGGUAACAUCGACAUAAGGCACUGGUGCGAACAAGGUGACAAUUUAAACAAAUACACGUGGAAAGAACACGACGGUAGGAAUUUUGGCGUGCAGGAAAUACACGACGGUCCUUAUCGCAUGACCGUAUCCUUCGUUAAAAGGCCGGGAGGUAAUCACGGUGGUGAUUGGACGGCACACGUCAAGGUCGAACCGAAAUACAACACCACGGAGGAAAUAUCAAUUUUAUUUUACGCCGCACUAGAAGACAAGGGUAACGGUUGGCUAUCCUCGGGUCCUUAUUACGGAAAUCUUAUAUCGAAAAUAAAAGGAAACACUCCGGAACUCGGGGAUUUUACAUUUACUCUCUACGAUCAAAAUAGAAAAGAAGUGAGCGAUUCCUUUCUCAGCACCGUGAGCCCCGGCAUACACCUGUUGAAAGAAACCGUUUUAGAUUCAUUGAGAACGAUUAGAAAUAAAAAAACGAAUAAAAUAAAAUUCACGUUACCCGGAGAAAGUUUUCGGGAUCCCGUGAGCGGACCCCCGCAUAAUUUCGUCGCGUUGCAAGUCACGGGUCAAUUACCCAUGGAAACGUAUUUCAUAUUCGAAUCCGAAAGCUUUCACAAUCGUUCAAACACUCUCCACGGAAAAGUCUAUCAAGAAGAAUUGGAAAAGCAUAGGAAAAAUUUCCGGGAAAAAUUCGAAAGGACGUACGAAUUGGGUAGGAAAAAUUUCAGUCCGCAAAAGAUUGAAUUUGCAAAAGCGGCACUGAGUAAUUUGAUCGGGGGUAUCGGGUACUUUUACGGUUCCUCCAGAGUACAAUCAUCUCACACGAAGAACACGGUGCCGUACUGGAAAGCUCCGCUUUACACGGCCGUACCAUCUAGGAGUUUUUUCCCUCGGGGAUUCCUUUGGGACGAAGGUUUUCACGGUCUCCUCAUAUCGACGUGGGAUUUGGAUAUUGAAUUGGACAUAAUAAAUCAUUGGUUCGAUCUCAUGAACAUAGAGGGUUGGAUUCCGCGAGAGCAAAUACUCGGACAGGAAGCUUUGAGCAAAGUACCGGAAGAAUUCGUCACGCAGCACAACACGAACGCGAAUCCGCCGACGUUUUUCCUCACUUUGAAAUUCAUUAAUCGAAACUAUCGGAAAAAGCUUAAAAGCGAAGGGAAAUUGCACACCCUUUACAGAUUGUAUCCGAGGCUCCAGGCUUGGUUCGAUUGGUUUAAUUACACGCAACUCGGCGACGUUCCAGGAUCCUACAGGUGGAAGGGUAGAGAUCCGGAUGCGGUGAGAGAACUCAAUCCUAAAACAUUAACGUCCGGUUUGGACGAUUAUCCGAGAGCGUCGCAUCCGACUUCGGAAGAAAGACACGUGGAUCUUCGGUGUUGGAUCGCUUUGUCGGCAUCCACCCUCGCCGAAUUGUCUCACACUUUGGGAAGAAAUGGGAAAAAGUACGAGAAUACUUUUUACUACCUCACGGAUCCGAGGUUUUUAAAUCAUUUGCACUGGAGUUACAGGUCUUCGAGGUAUGCCGAUUACGGUCUUCACACGGAUUCGGUCGUAUUGAAAAAACCACCGACGAUUCAACGACAACCGGGCACUCCCGUCACGAAUCAGGAAAAGGUUCGAGUCGUUUUAAAAAGUCCCGUCUACGAUUACGUGGAUUCCUCUUUCGGUUACAUAAAUUUAUUUCCCCUCAUGACCGAAAUCCUCGACAGCGAAUCCUCCGAACUCGGACAAGUAUUGCUGGAUCUAAAAAAUCCAGAGUAUUUAUGGACCGACUACGGUUUGAGAUCUCUUUCGACUACGUCACCCAUGUACAUGAAAUACAACACGGAACACGAUCCGCCAUAUUGGAGAGGACCCAUAUGGAUCAACAUUAAUUAUUUGGUCGCGAAAGCGUUGUAUAACUAUUCGAAAAUGGAAGGACCCUACAGGGAAACGGCCAAGGAAUUGUACGAGAGGCUAAGGGAAAAUUUAAUAAAUAACAUAUUCAAAGAAUACAAGAGAACGGGUUACAUUUGGGAACAGUAUAACGACGUGACGGGAGAGGGACAGGGAUCGAGACCAUUCACCGGAUGGUCGUCUUUGGUCGUAUUGCUCAUGGCCGAAAUUUAUUGA